AUGUCUUCUUCCAGCAGUUACUCCAACCCUCCAUGCGCUGCCUGCAAAUUCUUGAGAAGAAAAUGCUUGCCAAGUUGCAUUUUUGCUCCUUAUUUCCCUCCAGAGGAGCCAAUAAAGUUCACAAUCAGAGAAGAUGCCUAUGGCUGUGUUGGAGAAAUUUCAGUUCUUCAAAAGCAAGUUAUUCGUCUCCAAAAAGAACUCGAUGCCACAAAUGCUGACUUAAUGCGAUACGCCAGUUAUGAAUCAGGAGGAGGAACAG